GCUCCGUUAGGCUAGCCAUCGUUAGCCCACAGCCGUAGGUGUGUCACUUUAGAGUCGUAGGUGUGUCGCAGCGUUUAGUUCCAACUGAGGGACAAACUAGCCAUUUAUGAAUCGCACCUGAGAAGCAGCUCGGUUGCCGAGGUAGAGAAUGGCGGCAGCGUUACUGUCCGAGACGGAGAUCCAACACCGCUCUAUGGCGGAAGAGGACCCGAACGGGAACGAGCACGGCGCCGCCGCCCGUAGUAGCGCGCCACGCUGGGGACCGCAGCACGCCGGGGCCCGCCAGCUCGCUCAACUCUACUCCUCCGGAAAACGGCUGCAGGAGUGGAUCUGUGUCAUCUUGUGCCUCUUGCUCUUCACCAUCAACUUCUUCUUCCUCCUCAUCAACUUCUCCACAGUGCCCAUCUUCAGAAUCAUCUUUGGCAUUGUUACAGGUAUCGUAACUGCAGAUUUUGCUUCUGGAAUGGUGCAUUGGGGAGCUGACACAUGGGGCUCUGUGGAUAUCCCCAUCAUUGGGAAGGCAUUUAUCCGUCCAUUUCGGGAGCACCACAUCGACCCUACGGCCAUCACACGGCACGACUUCAUUGAGACCAAUGGAGAUAACUGCAUGAUCACCAUUCUGCCUCUCGCCCACAUGGCCUACAAGUUCCUGUCCUACACACCAGAUGCCCUUGCAGAGUCCUACCCCUGGGACUGUUUUGUGUUUGCGCUGGCGGUCUUUGUGACGAUGACCAAUCAGAUCCACAAGUGGUCGCACUCCUACUUUGGCCUGCCACGAUGGGUCACACUGUUGCAGGACUGCCACCUAGUGUUGCCCCGAAAACACCAUCGUAUCCACCACGUGUCCCCUCAUGAGACCUAUUACUGCAUUACUACAGGCUGGCUGAACUACCCUCUGGACCAGAUAGGCUUCUGGAGGAGAAUGGAGUGGUUGGUGGAGAAGCUAACAGGACAGAAGCCACGCUGUGAUGACAUGGCCUGGGCCAAAAAGACAGAGUGAAAUGAUAACGGAACUGCAGCAGUGUCAUCCCUCACUCCUCUCCUCUUCUCAACUGAAGGCGAGCAUCUUGGAAGGAGAAAAGCAGAAUAAUGGGCCUUACCUCUAACCCCUAAUCCACUCUAAACACACACCCCCUCCCCCUUCUCUCAAUCACUUAUAGCACAGAAAGAGUUCCGCUGCUGAGGCCUUCACCUGUCUCUGCGACAAACGAGUCCUUUCUGACUCCUCCACGUCUCACAGGCUUUUAUUCACACUCCCUCACACAAAAAGGGAAGGCCAACUUUAAGGCAUGUUGAGUAACAGCACAGCACUAACAGCAUUAGUGAUUAGUAAAUCAUUUUGUACUAAUUCUCCCUCCAUCUGCUUGUGGUAGUGGCUUUCUCGUUUCAGAAAUGUUUAUCCUCUGGAGGUUGGGCUCUCCAGGGGCCAAGAAAUAGAUCUAUUUUUUAAUCGUAUUUUGCUUGCCAUCUGACUUGGGGUCAGUUUUUGUAUCGCUACUCCAUUUGUCCAGACACGCAGCUCGAACCCGCGUUCUGUUUCUUUCAUUGUUCCACGUCCUCCGUUUGUGUCUGUGGGCGACGUCCGCAAGUUUAAAUAAGAGGUUUCAUCGGUCAGUCAUGUGAUCUGUGCUUCAGUGGAUGUUCUCCAUAUCUGUACGUCCCACAGAGCAGAUAGCAGAGCUCAGAUUGCUGCAUGUGAGCACUUAUGAAUGAGAUGAUUAGUUUUUGGACUAGCUGUAGCAGUCCAGUUCUUAUUUACAGUAUUUAAAAAGAACUUACUGACGAACUUGCACUUGGUUUUUCGAGCAGUGAAUUCACAACGACUCUGCAGAGACAGAACCAGAGCUGCUGUUGUGAUCUUUAUUAAUAAUAAUGUUGUUAUUGCACGCAUGAUCAGAUCUGGUUCUUGUAUCCAUGAAGCAGAACAAGCGCAAGCUCCACGCCAAUCAGUAGCAGGCGAACGCCAACUAAUCCCGCUGUGUUCGAACACGCUUCCGGUGUUCCCACCUGAUCUUUCAGCCGCCACAGACCUUUGACACGUUUUCCGUAAAACUCAUGAGCACACCAGACUUGUGUUACUACUUAAAGCAAAAACUGUUACGUCAACACUAAAUUUCCAGCGGUUCUACUCCGAAAAGUAAUAGAUUAAGUUCCUUCCGAUUUCUUACGCUUUUCCAAAAGUUGUGCAGAAUCGGAGUUUUCCGUUCUACGUGUGUUACAGUUGCGACAGCUGUAGAUUUUUUUUUUUUUUACAGCUGUUGUAACUUUGACAAAGUUUAGAAAAAUCAGUUCAAAUAUAUUGUUUUUUUUUUGUUUUGUUUGUUUUUGGGUUUUUUUACACCAAAUGAACUUCACGCUGUAUUCAACCAAUGAUAUUUAUUCAAAUGAAUUGAAGAGAUAAAUAAAACAUCACCAAAUCUUUUCCUACGAUUACACACUGUGCAACAAAAACAAAACUAAAGAGAAAUUUGGUGUUUGACUGUAAAGCGCAGGUCGAUGGUAAGAGUAAGAAAACAGCCAUAGCGUGUGUGUUCUAUCUCUGUACGCUCAUCUUUCAUCAUUACAGCUGCACUGGUUGUGUUUGUUCCUUCUCUCUUUGGCUUUAUAAUGUUUCUAUUUUUUACUAAGCGAUCGGCCUUGUAUUUAUUCAUACCGUCCAUCUUGCAGCUAAUGCUCGCUGCUAGUCUGCCUUAAAUCAACGUUUUUAUUAGCUGUUUGAUUUAAUAAAGAUCUAGUACAUUA